AUGUCGCAGGCCGGAACAAUCUCGAGCCUCGCGUCCCUACCAACACCUCUAGCACCCGCUCCUGAUGGCGACGUCUUCACCAACGAUCAAUGGGACAUCCUGUUCUCGAUUGUCGAGGUGUUCAUACCCUCAAUCCCCAUCUCGGAAACCGAAGCGGCCGUUGCUGAGCUGAAGCCGUACCUACCAGAGGACGCCUCGGAGGAGGUGGCGAGAGCAUAUCUCUCCGAAGAUGCGACCAAGAGCGACGUCUUCAGAGACGCCGUCGUCCGCAAAUUCAAGCUCCAUGUCCCACCUUCAGAUGUACAGGGCCUGGCUUUCGUCCUUUCCCUGUUCAAUACGAGACUGGGCUCCUAUCUACUUACCGGCUACACGACGCCGCUACACACGCAAGACCUCGAAACUCGCACCACGAUCGUCUGCCAGUGGUCGCGCGCGCGACUGCCUCUUCUUCGCGCCAUUUACAGGUCGCUGAGUGGACUGGCUAGACAGGUCUGGCUCGCCACAUCGACCAGUCUACCAAGGCUGCUCGACUUCCCGGCCAUUCCCAAACACAUUGAGCGCAACCCGAGCUACGAGUUCAAGUUCCCUGACUUUACGUCUCCGUCAACGUCCACGACACUGUCCGCCGAUGUGGUGAUUGUGGGCUCCGGAUGUGGUGCCGGGGUGGUGGCUUCUCACCUCUCCCGUGCCGGGUUGAAAUGUAUGGUUCUUGAGAAAUCCUACCACUUCCCCUCGACGCAUUUCCCCAUGUCCCAUGGCGACUCGGGCGAGCACCUCCUGGAGAACGGCGGCAUGAUGCUCUCAGACGACGCGUCGAUGGGUAUCCUUGCAGGGAGCACCUUUGGCGGCGGCGGCACGGUCAACUGGUCAGCUUCCCUGCAGCCUCCCUACGCUGUCCGCCACGAAUGGGCAUCCGAAGGUCUGCCACAUUUUCUUGGGCCAGAGUAUCAAGAUUGUCUGGACACCAUCUGCGAGCGCAUGGGUGUCGCCAAGUCCACGGACCCAGAAGGCCUAGGGAAGAUCGAGCACAACUUUGCCAACCAGACGCUCCUGGAAGGCUCACGCCGGCUCGGCUUGGACGUCCGGAUCGUGCCCCAGAACGCAGGCGGCUCCGAACGGCAUUUCUGCGGCUACUGCACGCACGGCUGCGCAGGGACGACCAAGCAAGGUCCCGCGAACUGCUGGUUCCCCGACGCGGCGGCCCACGGCGCUCAAUUCAUCGAAGGCUGCUGGGCCGAGGAAGUCACCUUUACAGACCACCAACAACCUGACGCCACCGCCAAACGGAGAGCUACCGGCGUGAAAGCGACAUGGACGUCCCGCGACCGCGCAACCACGCGGCAACUGACCAUCUCGGCGAAACGCGUCAUCAUCUCCGCAGGGACGCUGCAAUCGCCACUCGUCCUCCUGCGCAGCGGGCUCAAGAACCCGCACAUCGGCGCGCACCUGCACCUCCACCCGACCAACACCGUGUGGGCGACGUGGCCGCACCGGACCAACCCAUGGGAGGGCUCUAUCCUGACCGUGGCAAUGACGGGCCUCGACAACCUCGACGGCCACCACCACGGCGUCAAAGUCGAAGUCAUCUGCUCGACUCCCGGGCUGGGCCUGAUGACGGUGCCGUUCCGGGCGCACAAGUCGCUUGUGGCCGCCGCCGCCGCCACAUCCCCGCUCGCCAGCGCCGUCGAGUACCGCGUCAACGCAGCCAAACACGCCUUCUCGACUGGCUUCGUCUGCAUCGCCCGUGACGCGGAUACGGGCCGCGUGUACUUGGACCCAAAGGACGCGGCGCGCCGAAGGCCACGCAUCGCGUACACGCCCUCGCAGCGCGACUCCCGCUCCAUCCUCGAAGGGAUGAUAGCGGGCCUACGCAUCGCGUUCACGAUGGGCGCCGUCGAAUUGGAGCCCAACCACCCCGAGGCCACGCGGUGGGUGCGGCCGAGCCACAGCCACGCGGACGCCGACGCCAGCACCACCAAGAAGACAGCGCACGACGACGACGACCAGACGAGCUUCGACGCUUGGAUCGCCGAGCUGCAACGGCUGGGGUUCACGGCCCCGGACCCGUGCACCGCGGGGAGUGCCCACCAGAUGGGCUCGUGUCGGAUGAGCGGCUCGGCUGGCACGGGCGUGGUCGACGCGCAAGGCAGGGUCUGGGGCACCGAGGGACUGUACGUCGCGGAUGCGAGUGUGUUUCCUAGUGCUAGUGGGGUGAAUCCUAUGGUCAGCACGAUGGGCGUUGCCGAGUGGAUUGCUAGGGGGAUAGUCCGGGAGUUGAGCGAAGGGCAUUAA